UCGUAUGGAAUGUAUUGGGGAAAAAUUAGCAUUUUAGUGCAAGUAUUUUUCACUCUCUUCUUCCUUGCCAGUCCUUAUAGACUGAAUGUGCCCCGCGUACUGUUACCAUACCAUCCAAACAUCCAAGUUAGCUUUGAACUGAUCGUGACAGAUCCUGAAGGCGGAUGUUUUAGAUGGAAGUCUACUCGAAGUGAUGUUGUAGCGGUUAAAAUAAGUGGUGGCGACAGCGGCUGUUCGGAUAGAGCUGUAAUCUAUGCGACAUCAAAGCAUGAAAGUGAACAAACUGCUAUGGUUUUUGCAGAAGAAAAAGACUCAGGUGUGGUUCUCAGCUGUGGGGUUGCUGUAGAUAUUAUUAGGAACAUUGUGAUAUCUACUACUACAAAGGUACUUUUUCUGGAUGCAGGGCCGUCACAUAUGGUCAUUCAUGCAUUGAACUCUGAAGGAGACAUGUUUUCCAAUUUGGGUGGUAUCCCUUUUGAGUGGGAACUUCAGUCUACUUCGUCGAAAAGACCUCUACGUGUCGUUCCGUUUGCGCAGUCGAAAUACGAGGCACCAGAUGGAGUCCGGCAUUUAGAAGAGAAAAAGAAAAGAGGUUAUGUCGUUCUGGUAGAAGGUGUACAGACAGGCACUGCCACUCUAGUUGCUAAGCUCAGUGAAUCAUUUUUUGAGGUGACCGUCCCAUCGCAAGAAAUUGUUCUUUUGGUUGUUGCAAAUCUUUUGUUAGUACCAUCAUGCGACCUUUAUCUUCCUAUUGGGUCUGUUGUACGUUAUUCUGCUCAGAUUGUCAAGCAGGGAAGCACAGAACAAUUCCUUUCAGCUGUCUCUUUGCCCUCAAAACAAUAUCAGUUGGAAGUAGCAGAUAGCAGUAUUUGUUCAUUGAAUGAAGGUUCAGCUAGCAUUACUGCCAUUUCUCUGGGUGCUACAGAAGUAUCAUUGGUUGACAAGAGUAAGUUUUUUAAGAAAUUGAGGAAGAAAAAAUGUUUUUUGGCUACUUGGGCAAACGUUGCUUUAAAACCACCAUCAGUUCAUAUUUAUGUUGUUGAACCCUUAACAAUUCUGUUUGCGAUUAGCGGUGAAGUAUGGUUCCUAGAAGUCGGUAGACGUUAUACGAUAACCGUUCAAGCCUAUGAUCUGAAAGAUAAUUCUCUGUUUAUUGCUGACAAUGCAGUUUUCAAUACCAAAAUCCCGAAAGAAUUUUUUGAAGUGAUUACGUCUUCGGAGAACGAUACAUACUUUGAAGUUGAAGCAGUCAAGUUUGGUGUGGCGAGACUGCGAUCGGAAUUUGUCUCCGUUAAAAAUCCGGACGGUAGUGAGAACAAGCUUGGAUCUGUUAUGCCUGUUGAACAACUAGCUACCAUUUCUGAACCAGUUAUGAUUGUUCCUGCAGUAGUUAUUUUCCCCUAUAUUAGUAAUGAAGUCCGCCAUUCACUGCAAUUAAAAGCAGUUGGUGGUACCGGCUUUUUUUCUUGGAGUACCGAAGAUAAUGAUAUCGCACGUGUGAACGCAACAGGUUUUGUAACUUCAUAUUUUUCCGGAGAAACUGUGGUACGGGUGAGAGAUAUGAGGAAUCCGCAACAUUUUGCAACAGCAGUUGUUAAAGUGUUGCCGCCAGCUAAAAUUUCUUUUGCCGAAUCCGCUCUUGAGGCAGUUGUAAGCACUUUUCUGUUAUGUGGCAAAUUGUUGCCAGUCGCUUCUUGUGAACAAGCAUCUUUCUUAACCUCUGUAUCUGAAAGCUCAGUAUUUGAGUUAAUUGAAGGCAGGCAGCAGGUUUUGGGACCCACGAUUAACGCGUGUGCAACAUUAUCAUUACGAGCCUUGAAUUCAGGAGACACUACUGUGAAUGUUACGUUUGGAAAGCAUUCUGCUGUAGCUUAUAUUUCUGCUUUCAACAAACUGAAGCUGAAAUUGGCUGAAGAAGUGCUAUUGACUCCUGGAAGUGAACUGGUAGUGACUUAUAGCGGAGGCCCGCGCCCAUGGAUUCUUGAUCCGUCAAACGCUUUUCUUGCAGUUGAAUAUAGUAAUUCAGUCAAUCUGGUGCGCCACAAAUAUGUUGACAAGCAGUUACAUCUGCUUUGUAAUGAAGGAGUUGGAGACAUACUUGUUCGACUACGUGUUGGAAAUCACAGAACGCAAACAAAUUCUUUGCCAGCGACAUCAGUGGCUGAGUUACGUGUUUGUUGCGCAGUACCAUCUCGAAUAGAAAUCGGAGUUGAAAGAUCAUCUGCGAGAAAGGAAGAGAAAUGUCCAAAGACCUCCCCGGUAAUUUAUACAAAGAACAGUUCUGUUUUGUUCUUGAAAGGAUACGGCGUGUGUGCUUCAGGUCCAUCAAUGGGCCAAGAACGUCAGUUUGAUUCCAUAUCUAGUUUACUGCCUUUAUGGAGUGUGGACGACGAGAGCUUACUAAACAUUGACGGUUUCGUCGGCGAUGGAUUACCUGAAAAAUUAUUUGCUAUUGUUCGGCCGCGCGGUUUAUCUGGUUCAUGCACAAUAAAGGCAAAAAUCGACAGUUUCUUAUCUAAUGGAAAAAAGCAUUCUUUGUCCAGCCAGUUAUCUGGUACUUUGGAGUUUUUGCUGAGAGGACGAGCUAAGGUAGAGCCAAACGAAGUCGUUUUAUGGAACGAAAAGUCAAAUACAAGGAAAUACGAAAUUACUGCAGGAUCUGGACACUUUGAUUUAGUAGUUGGCUAUGAUGUUACAGUAAUUUCGGUCGCUGUGAAUAGGAAAGACAUUGAAAUGGAGGUUAGUAGCGAGGUCUCAUUAGAAAUAAAUGUUGAAGGCACUGAACGAGUUGUAUUUACGCCGGAUGACGUUGCAACGAUGGAUGUUAAAAUUGGUUACCUUUCAGACGUUCUUUCGCUCCUAAGAAUUGAUCCUCUGAAUUACCGAUUAAUUGGCAGAGGUGUUGGGACGUCAACAUUAAAAGCUUCUGCUCGCUCAGCAAGAGGUGAUGUAAUUUAUAGUCCGCCACACGAUAUCCACAUAUUUGCUCCACUUACGAUUUUGCCUAAGUUGGUCACGCUAAUUCCGUCUUCUGUCUUCCAGUUUGAAUUAGUGGGUGGGCCGCAACCUAAUCCUCCGGUAAAAUUUUCGCUUAACGAUUCUUCUGUAGCAUUAGUAAAUUCAGACGGCCUUAUCACAAGUAAGAAUCUUGGUUGGACUUCUGUUACCGGGUCGUUGAAUAUUGACAGCAAUUUCUCCAAGGAUUACGCUGUAGUAAAGGUAGUGUCGCUUGUUGGUGUCAGAAUUCUGGUUUCAAGUUUGACCCUUGAUCAAGGCGGCAAAGCUUGGGCGCGUGUUGAAGGUUUAGGAAAUGACGAAAAUCCGUUUUCAUUUUGUGGUGCACUAUAUCCUUUGACGAUCACGUGGUCGCUCGGGGGCCAUGGAAUUAUUGAAUUGACUUCUCCUUUAGGGGGCUCUGUUUCCGAGUUGACCUCAAAUUAUUUCCAAGUCUCAAUUAAAGCACUGACAGCCGGGCAGACCGAACUUAAAGUUGUUGUUGUUACACACCCUGACGCUCCAACAUUUACAUCGCGUAGCAAAACUUUUGAAGAUCGAGUAAUAAUUACAGUCAAUGAUCCGUUGAAAUUUGUUCAACCGGAAUUGAGACCAACUUCUAUCGUUAUAUCUCCAGAGUCAAAACUAGAGUUGGAAGUGAAUAGGCUGGUUUUGCCAAACGGAUCAGUUGCUUUUGCAGUUCCACAGCAGUUUAAAGGAGUAUUAAGUGUGUCUAAUAGUGACCGUCCAAUCCUUUAUGGUAGAGAUGUUGGAGAGGCAGUUUUAGAAGUACGAGAAUCCAGCACUUUGACUAACCGCACGAUUUUCGUGGGAGUUUCGGUCGUUAUAUCUCACUCGGUUUUUUUGAAGCUAAAUAAUCUUAUCCCAGUAUCGGGUGACGGGCAGGCUUUGUCCUCACUACCUUUAGGAUUCCAUAUUAGAGUGUCGGCUGGUUCAAGGGAUCAGUUUGGACGAUUGUUGCAGGCUAACGGACUGAAGUUACAAUUCCGUCCUCACAGGUUUGAUUUGACUGAGAUUACUAAGACGGGGCAACAAACUAUUGAAGUAAUUUUGAAACGGAUUGGUGAAACGACAGUGAUGGUUUGGGAUGAAAGGAAUCCAACGUUGAACGCUUUCUUACGUAUUCCAGUUGCUUCAGUUAUAACGCCAUCCUUUAAGCCUGUUUUGACUUUUGACGUGAUAUGUUUCAAAUCAGUUUUGCUGAACCCUUCGUGGACAGAACUUUCUUCAAGGAAGCGUUUCACUUUUAUUGAUCGUUUAGCCGGUAUUGUAGUUGCUCGUGAAACUGGAACUGCUGUAAUGGGAGCUACGUUUCCGAAUAACCAAACAACAUAUGCUGAGAUAUCUGUGAUUGAGCCGGAAGAAAUUGUUUUUGGUGACGUACCUCCUUUUGUGACAAAUGCCGGACGUCAGCAGUUCCUCUUUCCUGUUUUUCUUAAGCGGGGUACUACCUUUUCCAAUGUGCAUGAUUGUGAUGCGCAAAACAUUGAGAAGUUAAGUGAGCUGAAGGCACCUUUUGACUGCGUUGUAUACUUUGAAAAGGAUUCAUCGGUGUCGGCGCAAAAACUGUUUUUUACUCGUUCUAUAUUUAGUUCUGUUUCGAACUCUUACGCUUGUUUGGUAGAGAAGAUGUCCGUGGAAUCAAACAGCAAUUUUAUGAAAGACGUUGAGGGAACUUUGGUCAUAAAAGCUGUUUUAAGCGUCUUUGGGAAGGAUUACAAAGCGGAGAGUGAAACAAGAUUCUAUCCAAGUUUUGAAGUUGAAGAGAAAGAGUUACGCUUCGAUAACUUGCGUUCUGAAGGCACAGUAAUUAUUCGAGCAGCUAAUUCUAUAAAGCCAUCUAUUUCUGUGGAGGCCUGCACUGAAGAUGUGUUGCUCAUUAAAAAAAGAAAAUCAGCUGUUACGCAGAAUUUGAUUUAUGACGUGAAGCUAAAUAUCAAUUCCGCGUUAUUAUGGGAGGAAUAUUUAAAAACAUGCAAUUUAACUAUUAAAAGUGCGCUAACGGGACAGACGGAAGAGGUUCCUAUAAGAAUCCUUUUAGGCUCCGACGCAUCUAAGGAAAUCAAAUUUGCUUGGUACAAAGGAUAUUCAAUUAUUCCUGCAUUAUUUGCUCCUGGUUACAAACUACAACCUGGAGUGACUGGGUAUGGUAGUCCUUCGCGGUUUUCGAGGCAGUCGCUUUAUACGAAUCAAGACCCGUAUAAUUUAGCGUCUGCUCGAAGGGACUUCUCUCGACAUUCUUCGUUCAAUCGUUCUGCUGGUAGCGCGGGUGACGCAAUUUUAUGGGGUAGGGAUACAAGUAACUCACCUCUGAAGUCUCGGGGUUAA